GCAGCCAGCCUCUGCUGUGCCCACAUGACCCACAACUCUGGCAGCGGACCCGGCACUUCCAACAUUAUUAAAUAAUAAGAAAGCGGCUCCUACUCCAUGCCCAAGCCUCCCUACAGACCAAUGGACACCUUCUAAGAGUUUGGCGAGUCGGUGACUGGGGCGCCCGUCCAUUCCAAGAUAAAUAGGAUUUACCAGUCCCUGGAUGAAGUACUUGGGAAGUCUUUAAAUGCCACAGUCAACCACCAUUUCAAAGAAAAAAAAAUAGAUGGUUUUGGAAAGUUCAUGCUGCUUCUGCAUUGAAUUUUAGAAUGAUUGAAGAUAGUGGGAAAAGAGGAAAUACCAUGGCAGAAAGAAGACAGCUGUUUGCAGAGAUGAGGGCUCAAGAUCUGGAUCGCAUCCGACUCUCCACCUACAGAACAGCAUGCAAGCUUAGGUUUGUUCAGAAGAAAUGCAACUUGCACCUGGUGGACAUUUGGAAUGUCAUAGAGGCCUUGCGGGAGAAUGCCCUCAACAACCUGGACCCAAACAUAGAGCUCAACGUGGCCCGCUUGGAGGCUGUGCUCUCCACCAUUUUUUACCAGCUCAACAAACGGAUGCCUACCACUCACCAAAUCCAUGUGGAGCAGUCCAUCAGCCUCCUGCUCAACUUCCUGCUUGCAGCCUUUGAUCCGGAAGGCCAUGGCAAAAUUUCAGUAUUUGCUGUCAAAAUGGCUCUAGCCACCUUGUGUGGAGGGAAGAUCAUGGACAAAUUAAGAUAUAUUUUCUCAAUGAUUUCCGACUCCAGUGGGGUGAUGGUUUAUGGACGGUACGACCAGUUCCUUCGGGAAGUUCUCAAACUACCCACGGCAGUUUUUGAAGGUCCUUCAUUUGGUUACACAGAACAGUCAGCGAGGUCCUGUUUCUCCCAGCAGAAAAAAGUCACGCUGAAUGGUUUCUUGGACACGCUCAUGUCGGAUCCCCCGCCUCAGUGCCUGGUCUGGCUGCCUCUUCUCCACAGACUGGCAAAUGUAGAAAACGUCUUCCAUCCGGUUGAGUGUUCCUACUGCCACAGUGAGAGUAUGAUGGGGUUUCGCUACCGAUGCCAACAGUGUCACAAUUACCAGCUCUGUCAGGACUGCUUCUGGAGGGGACAUGCCGGUGGUUCCCAUAGCAACCAGCACCAAAUGAAAGAGUACACAUCGUGGAAAUCGCCUGCUAAGAAGCUAACUAAUGCAUUAAGCAAAUCUCUGAGCUGUGCUUCCAGCCGUGAGCCUUUGCACCCCAUGUUUCCGGAUCAGCCUGAGAAGCCACUCAACUUGGCUCACAUCGUGCCUCCCAGACCUGUCACCAGCAUGAACGAUACCCUGUUCUCCCACUCUGUUCCCUCCUCAGGAAGUCCUUUUAUUACCAGGAGCUCUCCUCCCAAGGACAGUGAAGUAGAGCAGAACAAACUGCUGGCUAGGGCAGCUCCGGCUUUUCUGAAGGGCAAAGGGAUACAGUACAGCCUGAACGUGGCAGACAGGCUGGCCGAUGAACAUGUUCUCAUCGGGCUGUAUGUCAACAUGCUCCGGAACCACCCGUCAUGCAUGCUAGAGAGUUCGAACCGGCUUGACGAAGAACACAGGCUGAUCGCCAGGUACGCAGCGAGGCUGGCGGCAGAGUCCUCCUCGUCUCAGCCACCUCAGCAGAGAAGUGCUCCUGACAUCUCCUUCACUAUUGAUGCAAAUAAGCAACAAAGGCAGCUGAUUGCAGAACUAGAAAACAAGAACAGAGAAAUCUUACAGGAGAUCCAGAGACUUCGGCUAGAGCAUGAACAAGCUUCUCAGCCCACGCCUGAGAAGGCGCAGCAAAACCCCACCCUGCUGGCAGAGCUCCGGCUCCUCAGACAGCGCAAGGACGAGCUGGAGCAAAGAAUGUCUGCUCUCCAGGAGAGCCGGAGAGAGCUAAUGGUGCAGCUAGAAGGUCUCAUGAAGCUACUAAAGGAAGAAGAACUGAAGCAGGGAACCCAGGGGGCAGGCUCUCCCCGCUCCUCCCCCAGCCACACCAUCAGCAGGCCAAUUCCCAUGCCUAUCCGGUCAGCAUCCACCUGCUCCACCCCAGCGCAUACACCACAGGACUCUCUCACAGGGGUAGGGGGAGAUGUACAAGAGGCGUUUGCACAAAGUUCAAGAAGAAAUUUAAGGAAUGAUUUACUGGUGGCAGCAGAUUCCAUCACAAAUACCAUGUCUUCUCUCGUGAAAGAGCUGAAUUCUGAGGGGGGGAGUGAAACCGAGAGUAAUGUGGAUUCUGAAUUUGCACGGACUCAGUUUGAGGACCUGGUUCCCUCGCCAACCUCUGAAAAGGCUUUUCUAGCGCAAAUUCAUGCCCGAAAACCUGGGUACAUUCAGAGCGGAGCUGCCACAAGUGCCCUGUGUGGGAGCGUGGUUACCGAAGAUGGGGGUCCCUAUGUGAGGCCUGAGGAUGAGAAUUAUGAAAAUGACUCUGUCCGGCAGCUAGAGAAUGAGCUCAAGAUGGAGGAAUACUUGAAGCAGAAGCUGCAGGAUGAAGCUUACCAGGUCAGCUUGCAAGGUUGAAUGCAAUAUCCUUUUAUCACUCUCCUCUCAAGCAAGCUAUAGUCAGACAGAUGAUGAGAGUAACAUGAAAGCUGGUGAUGAUGGCGAGCCCUGUGCCCACACAGAGGAGGAGGACAGCCACCUGACAGCAUCUCCCGGAGAGAGGAACCACCCCACGCAGCAGCUCCUGACAGACCCCCACCCCUAAAGAUGUGUUCUGAUGACUAGAGCACAGCUAAUUUUCUGUUCUAAGAUAUGUAGUUUGUAGGUGUGUGUUUUGAGAAAGAAAAAAAGACUUCUGUUCAAAGCUAACUUAUCAGCUAUGUCUUCUGUAACAUGACUCAUCCCUGGUUAGGAAAAAAAAACAACAAACAGGCUGGAAACCCAUGCUGCUGUUACACAUGAUGGCAGUAUUAUUAACAAGCAUUUUAAAACCUUUGCACAUGACAUCGAAUCUGUUCAGUUUACAAUGACAAUAUUAAUGCUGUUUGUAGCUAGAACUUUGAUUUCUAGAUUCUUUGAAAUUUUAGCAAAACAGUUUAUUAUACACUGUACAUUUUUUGUUCCACAGCAAUUGGAAAAAAACAACCACUUGAAGUGAUUCACAAACCCCAAAGGAUUUGGUUCCUGAGUGUACGAAACUCAGAGCCCAGAAGCCAAAAAGGGCCCAUGACCUACACAGUCAGCAGUCGUGUCCAAGUCUCUGUGAGCAGUGACUUGAACCAAACGCACUAGGAAUAAUCCAUUCCCUGGGGCUCCUUUCCAACUUGGGGUUGUUUUUUUUCAAGAGACUCUAAUAAAUCAGCCAUAGAAUUUAGUGUAAAUAUUUUUUCCAAGUAGAUAUCAUAUUCAAAAACAACAACAUUCAAAUUAUAUAGAAUUCUAGUUUUUAAAAUCAGCACAGAUCUUCUUAAAACUGUGAACUAUGUUUUGAAAUACUCGUUACUAAAGCUGUUUAUAAACCACAGGUGCCAUAAGAUUCCCCCAACGGACAAGUCAUCUCUGCUCUUCCUCGGUCUUGUUUGUCUCGUUGUGGCUUUAGGAAGCAUGUCUCUCAUAGCACUGCUCAUUCCCACGUUCCCCCAUCAGGUGGUUUGGAGGCCUUCAGCUUUAAAUGUACAGGCUUCAAGUGCGCUUUCAAAUGUCCGCUCUCCUUUUAUUUCUGAAUGUUUAUUGCCUUAGCUGGCCACCUGGCACUCUGCAUGCAGCCUUCUGCGGUCACGUGAAAGGAGAUAGGCUGAGUUGGGAUUCUGCACUCAGUGAAAAGCUGAAGUGCAAAAGAACUGUCAAAGACAAGAGGAUCAAAGACUCUGUGAUGGUCCUUUAUGCCGGCUCUCUUCAGGGACACAGAGGGACUUCCCUUAGGAACGCUGGGAGAAAUGAAAAAGUAAUCUUCUACUUGUUUAAUAAUUGAGUGAAUACAAAAAGCCUGCAACAUAUUGGAUACAUUAUACAUACUUAAAUUAGCAAUGUCUAUGGACAUUGCUCUUUUUUCUCCCUUAAAAGAUAGAAGAGAGCAUCAUUUUAGAACAGUGGUUUUCAAAGCAUGUUCCCUGGGCUAGCAGCAUUGACAUCACCUGUGAAGGUCUUAGAAACGAAAAUUCAUAGUCCCCAACCUAGAUCUACUGAAUCUGAAGCUCUGGGGGUUGGAACUAGUAAUCUAUGUUCGAAUCAGCGUUCUGAUGCACACUAAAGAUUAUCUAUUCCUUUAGAAUAAAGUUGUAUAAUGAAGUCUCUGAAAAGGCCUUAUUCAGAAUGAGGAAAAAAGGUUCUGUGUCAACCCCAAAGCAUCAGCAAUUCAAUUUUGCUUCUGGAGCUGGCAAAAAUCUUCUCCCACACUACACAGCUAGUCUGUAGUUGGUGGGUGCCCAGCUGAGUGCUGACAUCAUUGAGCUUCCUUUGAGGAGGGCUCUAAGAUGUUUGUAUGUCCACAUUUGGUCAGAACCCAUCUCUUUAGAUGCCCUUUGGAGCAAAGUUGCUUGCCUUGAGAUAGUAAAAUACUUGAUUGGCACAAGUAAGGAGCCCAUCCUAUCCCUUGAUGUACUCAAUCAUACUUCCCUCCAGAGAACCCGACUGACCAGUGUCCCUGAGCUGACACCAAAGUGGCGCAACUGCACAGUUCUCAGAUAUCUUUACAGAUGGAUUUUACUGCAGGUUUUGUUGGUGUGUCUUAAUGUUCAUCUCUUUUCCACUGCCCAUCCUCUGUGAAGCCAUACCUCUCUAGAUGGAGCAGGUGGCCACUGGUGCCUCAUACUAAGUACUGAAAACCACUACAUCCAGUUACCUACAUUGCUGUCAGCUCGAAAUCAUAGCCAGGUGGUUCUCGAACUCAGCCCCUGUAUGUGGCUCUCAGCCAUUGACUGGACGGAGCUGACAUGUAUUGUCUCGUUCUGUUUCUACAUCAGAACAUCCGUGUAAGGUUUGACCUGCUCUGCUGAUAACUUUCCCCCUUGUCAUAACUUUCAUUGCCAACCAAUGCCAUCACCUGGUUGUCGAUGCCAUCAUACAAAGCCAUUGCAAGGACUCUGGAAACUGCCGCCCAUGACCAAUUUCUGACUAACCAGCCACCUUUUCUUUCUCUUAGCUCCACGUCCGCACUGAGACCAGACUCAAGCACCCCUGUCCUGUAACCGAGACAAAAUGGCGUAUAUUGUUUUGGGUUUUUGUGGGUUUUGGUGGAUUUCUUUCCUUGGCUCUCCAAAUUUACUUCUGGGGCCGUUCUAAGUGAAAACCCAGCAGAUUUCACCUGUCCAGUCCAUUAGAUACAACUAUAUCUUAUGGGGUUGUUUCUUUCUUGUUCCACAAUGAAUUGCAUGUCCAUCUCUUCCGAGCUGAUGGCUUCUUAAUGAGCACUGGUCUAACACAGCCAACCCUCCCCCACAGCACUGUGUUAAUGGAGAAAGGGAGGAAAGUGACAUCUACUGCAUGGGAUUCAAGGAUCAGUUGUGGUUGGUCAGGACGGAAGUUGGGGUAAGUUUGGUUGGUCAGAGAGAGAUGUGCUGGAGAUUGUGAAAAAUGGAUUCUUGAAUGAUCUCCUAUAAGGCAGGGAAGGUUCAUUUGUAAGUAGUAAUGUGAACUGAUGCAUUGAGAGUGUGUGGCCUUGGUUGUGAUAUGCUUUGUAUUUUCUUAUAUGCAUGAGCCAAGCUGUUGCAUCCAUCAAAAUUGAGCACUAAUGUCUGCUUUUAUUUUGAUCAUCGUUGUCCACCCUUAUUAGUUCCUGGCUGUUAACUAUAGAUAGAUCUUGUAAAUUCGGCAACCUUUGGUUGCAGUAUUGACCUUGGUUCGAUUCCACACAAGGAGCCACAUAAAAAACACUCCAGUGUCCUCAGAGGAAAGGGCAUUUUUACUUUUGAACCAAAAAGAGAAACAAAAAGUCAAAAGUGUUACGUCUUGAAACUACUUGAGACAUUUUUAAUUAUGACUACUGCAAUUUAACACCGUUUGAAAUAAGCAAUUCAGAGACACUAAAGAUUUCAUGAUAUUCAUUGGUAUUGUAACAAAACUACUAUUGUAUGGGGUUUUUUUGUAUUGCUGUUAAGUAUUGUUUUGUGUGUAUGUGUGUGUGUGUGUGCGUGUUGGAACCUCCUGGGGACAUGUUAUAUUUUGAAGUGAUUAAACUAUUUAAUUGUGUGUCUAUAUUUUGGAAUGGAAUUAUUUCUUCAUUAAAAGAUGUUUUUAAAAACACUA